AUGGCCUCCACCGUGUCACCUCUGCCACCUACCACUGAGGUUGCCAGUUCUGAGAACAGCAGCUCCUUCUAUGACUAUGAGUACUACCUGGACAGUGUGGCCUUCAUGCUCUGCCAGAAGGACGAGGUGAUGUCCUUUGGCAGGAUCUUCCUGCCAGUCUUCUACAGCCUCAUCUUUGUGCUGGGUUUGGGCGGAAACCUCUUCCUUCUAGUGGUCUUGCUCCGAUACAUGCCUCGCAGGCAGAUGACUGAGGUCUAUCUGCUGAACCUGGCCAUCUCCAACCUCCUGUUUGUGGUGACACUGCCUUUCUGGGGCAUCUCUGUGGCCUGGCAUUGGGUUUUUGGGAGUUUCUUAUGCAAGACAGUGAGCACCCUCUAUACCAUCAAUUUCUACAGUGGCAUCUUCUUCAUUAGCUGCAUGAGCCUGGACAAGUACCUGGAGAUUGUUCACACUCAGCCCCACCACAGACUAAGGACCCAAGCCAAAAGCCUGCUCCUGGCUGCCAUGGUAUGGACUGUGGCCCUGGCUGUCUCCAUCCCUGACAUGGUCUUUGUGCAGACGCAUGAAAACCCCACGGGUGUGUGGAACUGUUAUGCGGAUUUUGGGGGUCAUGGGACCAUCUGGAAGCUCUUCCUCCGUUUCCAGCAGAACCUCCUGGGGUUUCUCCUUCCACUCCUUGUCAUGAUCUUCUUCUACUGCCGCAUUGGCUCCGUGCUGGUCCGGCUGAGGCCUCCAGGCCAGGGCCGGGCUCUGAAGAUUGUAGUAGCCUUGGUGGUGGCCUUCUUUGUGCUGUGGUUCCCAUACAACCUCACCUUGUUCCUGCACUCACUGCUGGACCUGCAAGUCUUUGGGGACUGCAAGGUGAGCCAGAACUUGGACUAUGCGCUGCAGGUAACGGAGAGCAUUGCCUUCCUUCACUGCUGCUUCACUCCUAUUCUCUAUGCUUUCUCCAGCCGCCACUUCCGCUGGUACCUGAAGGCUUUCCUCAUCACUGUGCUCCGGCGCAACCAGGCACCUUGCCCUGCACAGGCCCCCCUAUCCAGCUGUUCUGAGAGCAGCAGGCUCACUGCCCAAGAAGAAAUGACUGGAAUGAAUGACCUUGGUGAGAGGCAGGCUGAGCACUCCCCUGACAAGAGUGAUAUGGGGAAAAAUGAAGCCUGAGUGGCCAUACUCCGGUCUGGUGAGAGUAGGUGGGACCAGCUCAGUUGGGCAUCCACCCAAAGUCCUCUCUUCAAGGGCUUCAUGGACCAUGUUGCCAAAUCCAUUGGUCAGUUCUCAACCAUCAGCAGCAUUUACUUACUCCUGCCUCUUCCUUCCACUUUCUUUAUUGCCUUCCAGGAAACCAUACUCUCUUACAUGAAUCGCUACACUAGUGUCUUAACUGACCUCUGUGCUUCUUACCGUCAUGCUGUGUCCUGUCUACUAAUCUGCUCCCAGCAGCCAGAAUGAUCACGCAACCUCAGCCCUCACUCCCAUCUGCCCCAGCGUAGUCCAAGGCUUACCACCCACCGGGGUGCUCUCUUCUCUGAAGCUCAGCUGGGAAAAU